GAAUCAGCGCAGCAGACACUGCAAAGCGCAGGCUGUCACCUCCCCUCCGCCGAGCUGUCAGUUGACAGCAGCACACAUGAGCCUCAGUGCUGCACACGGAGUUGACCACCCGUUGAUUGCACGUCUACACAACUCCUCGGGGCACGAACAUGACAGGAUACACCCCUGUCACCCAUACGGACUGACCACAAGCGCGUGAGAGGAGGGCUAAGUUGUGAGCUGCUAUCUGGUGUUAAUAGUUAGCUUGCAUGCUAACGGUAGCUAGCUGGUGAUCGGAGUUCGGUUCUGCUUUGUGCCGUCAGUUGGCUAACCGUCGCUAGCGAAGGUCGGAGGGACUAACGUUAGCUGGUAGCCAAGUUAGCCAUUUAGCAUCACUAUUGUGUCAUUUUAAUCAUUUGUUUUAAAGCUGAAUAACUACGCGGGCAUCAUUUGUCACAUAUUUUUUCUUGUUGUGAACGUUUAUCAAUUUUACUGCAUAUAUCGUUGAUGUUAGCUAGCUAGCGAGCUACCCUGCUAUGCUAACGCCAGCUCAGUGAGAGCUCACAUCACAGGGGUGCGGAGAGCUCCACACAAGUCAAGGAAGGAAGAGAGGUAACUUAUGAUGUGGGCUGGGGGAAGCGGCGGACUGUUAGGCGAAGGAGAGCAGCACUGUUAGCUUAAACACACCGCGUUUUAUCACAUUAAGUCCUUGCCGGAGGAAGGGCCAUAGCGUCGGUGAAGCUGUGUGGGACGUUGGAUGAAGAAAAUAAUUGGGGCACUUCGAUUUGCGAGCUGGCUAAAUGAAUAGUAUUGGCAUUACUGAGUCGUGAGCUAGUGGCCACUGUGCCAGCUUCAAGGGGGAGACACUCCGUCAAGAUUAUCGCACAGACUGCAAUAACCAGCCAGUUUGCUUUAAGAUGGCUUCGGCGGGCAGCAUUGCCGCAGCUAUUGCGAGCAAGACGAAGACCAAGAAGAAACACUUCGUUGCUCAGAAAGUGAAGCUCUUCCGUGCCAGCGACCCUCUGCUCAGCGUGCUGAUGUGGGGAGUCAACCAUUCGAUAAACGAGUUAAGCCAUGUUCAGAUUCCCAUCAUGCUCAUGCCAGAUGACUUCAAGGCCUAUUCUAAGAUCAAAGUGGACAACCACCUCUUCAAUAAGGAGAAUAUGCCCAGCCAUUUCAAGUUCAAGGAGUACUGCCCUCUGGUGUUUCGAAACCUCCGGGAGAGGUUUGGCAUUGAUGAUCAGGACUUCUUGAACUCUCUGACACGCAGCGCUCCCUUGAACAGCGAGGCCCAGGGACGGAGCGGGGCCCGUUUCCAUACCUCUUAUGACAAACGCUAUGUCAUCAAGACCAUCAGCAGCGAGGAUGUGGCAGAGAUGCAUAACAUCCUAAAGAAAUAUCAUCAGUUCAUUGUGGAGUGCCAUGGCAACACGCUGCUGCCUCAGUUUCUGGGGAUUUACCGGCUCACCGUGGAUGGAGAUGAGACCUACAUGGUUGUUACACGCAAUGUCUUCUCUCACCGCCUUUCUGUCUACAAAAAAUAUGAUCUCAAGGGUUCCACUGUGGCAAGAGAGGCGAGCGACAAGGAGAAGCAGCCGCCCCAACCAGAGGAUGUGCCCCCGCGGCCCAAAUCUGGUAACGUUCAGCAAAGGCUGCAAACACUGCGGAUUGCCACGCGCUUUUACUGCGCCAUGAAACACGUAAGAGAUGCCAAGGAGCUGCCCACCUACAAGGACAAUGACUUCAUCAAUGACGGGCAGAAGAUCCACAUCGAUGGGGAGAACAAGAAAAUGUUCCUGGAGAAGCUUAGGAAAGAUGUGGAGUUCCUGGCCCAGCUGAAGCUCAUGGACUACAGUCUGCUGGUGGGGAUCCACGAUGUGGAGCGAGCCGAGCAGGAAGAGGUGGAGAGCGAGGACAAUGAGGCCGAAGAGGAGGGCGAGAGUGACGGAGGGGGCAUUGGAACGCCCCCUGACAGUCCCAGCAACACCCUGGACAGCACCAAGCAUCUGUCGCCUGGAGAGUUUGAUCCCGCCAUUGAUGUCUACGCCAUCAAAAGCAAUGAUAGUGCUCCCAGGAAGGAGGUUUACUUCAUGGCUGUCAUAGACAUCCUGCAGCAUUACGAUGCCAAGAAGAAAGCUGCUCACGCCGCCAAGACUGUCAAACAUGGGGCCGGAGCGGAGAUCUCCACGGUGAACCCAGAGCAGUACUCCAAGAGGUUUUACGAUUUCAUCACCACUAUCCUGUCAUAGCCUCCAGGAGCGACGGGAGGGCACGGAGGCACAUGGGAAGGGGAGGGGCAAGUGGGGAGCAGGGCGGGGAAGAGAAGUGACGGAGAGAAAAAACCCAUCGAGAGGCUGAAUUAAUAAGGUGCUGUGAUGGAUUUGUAUCACUCUCCCUCAUGCAUUCUCCUCAUCCCUCCCUGUUUGUUUCUCUCUCUUUCAGCGGUGUGCCACGCUCUGCAGCUAAAAACAAACAAAAAACAAACAAAAAAAACCCCCAUCAUUCGUUUACAUUUAACCUCUCCUCUGUUGACUCUUGUUUUUGUGUUACUUUGGAUGAUAAGGGUGUUGAAAGCAAGCGUCCAAGUCAUUACAUUUUUUAUAUUAUUUGUGUUUGUUUUUCUGUAUGGUUGUUUAUGUGGGAAUACAGCUUUUUUUAUUGCCUCUAAUACAACAUCCAGCACCCUGCAUUUUUUUUAUUUUGAUGUUUGUAUUUGUCUUCCCCUUAUGACAUUCAUGGGGAGGUACUGUAGGGGAGGGUAUCGUCAGCGUAUAGUGUGAGGUCAGGGGGAGUGCGGAGGUCAUGUUACGGCACAAGGUGAGGUCCUUCUUGCAAACAGAAGGCUUUAGCGGGAUGUAAGGAGGAAGUUCAUGUUGAGCCUCACCUAAUGCAAUUGCUUCAUUCCAGGAAGUGGGAAGCAGUCUUCCAAUAGGCCAACAGCCAGACACCCCCGCCCCUCACCCAAAUGCUAUACAAGUACUCAGCCAAACUUCCUAUUUGGGUUCCCUUCUGCAUCACGCACCCUAUAGACGCCACCCCAUUCCCACCUGUUUGUGCGUGUACAGUUAAAUUGAGCUUCUGGGUUAUCCUCUCGCCACACACUCGAGACAGACAAUUGCAGUAAAUUACGUUGCUUGAUUCCAGUUGCACCUCAGUGGUUGUCAGUGCUUCGUCCCUUUGGCUUUGUCGUGAUGCACAGUGACUGAGAAAAGAUUAAGGGAAGGAUAUGUACCUUAAAAUGAGAAGAGGAGGAGGGAUUUUAGCACACAGGAAGUGUCGUUUACUUUCAUUCCCUCUGAAUACGUUGGGCAUUGGUUUCUGUUCCUGUGGCAGGGAAUGACCCAGAAGUCCCGUGUGGCUGUGGUGAUUACAUUACUCCUCGUUGUAUCUUCAUAUACUGUAGGGUGUCAGAUCGAAACUUCAACAGCCCUUAACUUUCUGUUGCCAUCAGCACCUUAUGAGUAAAUCAAAAAAAAAAAUGUUGCACUUUUAUUUGUUAUCAGAGGUUAGGAGCUCUUGUUCUGUUACAUGCGCUGCAACAAAGAGGAAAAGGAACUCUGCUCUCUUAGGUUUGAAUCUUUAGGGGCCUGAUCCCAGAUCCUCACCUCACCUAUGGGUGCGUCUUACUGUCGGGACCGGUCAGGAGGACUUUACUGCAAUAUUAGCUCUGCUUUCAGGGCUUUUGUAAACAAACCUCUCCGAUCCUUUUUUUAGAAGCACUCUGCAUCGGUGGGGUUUUGGGACCAGGCAUUGGUGUGACUGUGCUUGUGCGUUCAGGGCAGGCAGAAGACUGUUUACCUCCAGCAUCGUACCAGCACACACUCAACGAUGGCGAGCGACGUGUGUGUGUCAGUGUUCAAAAGGUUGUGAAAAGGGGGAGGGUAAUGGGAGGGCGGGGGCGGGUUGGGAAGAGUCGCUGCAGAUGUAAAGAUACAUGUUGUUAAGUCAUUAACACCAACAGCAUCCUUCUCUUCUUUAACCUCAAGUCUGUUAUUCAUCGUUGUUGUGUUGUUGUUGUUGUUGUUGACAUUUUUUUUAAAGGUGGUUUAUCUGUGUUUGAAUUUGGCGGUUUUAUGAAUUGAUGUGGUAAUAUUUCUUUUUUUUUGUUUGUUUGUUUUUUGUAUAUUUUGCACAAGAGGAAAGGAACCAAAUGUUACGAAUACGAUCCCAAUUAGUUGAUACGGUCUUAACAAGGGAAAUGCAAUAUUACUUGUGUGUGUAAGUGAGAAGAGUUGUCGUGUGUGUGUGGGUGUGUGUGACGUUGUGUAUCACUCCUGGAUAACCAACUAAAACAAGCAAGAAUCGUCCUCCUUGACUAUUGUAACCCAUGCAAAAAGCUUCCAUCACGACAUGUUUGUUUAGAUAUCAUAGAAUAUAUUCACAUUUAUAUUUUUACAUUGGAUUUUAGUCAUGAAAAUAUAGUUGUAUUAAAAAGAAAAUCAAAAGGAGCCACCCUUGGGAGUGAAUGAUGGUGCUGUGGUAAAUGAAGAAUGAUACUGCUUGAAUUUAUACUUACUAUAGAUGUACUUAAAAAAAGAAAAGUAAAAAAAAAAAAUAAAAAAUUGCAUGUCACAGGACUAAGUUUCCUUUCCCCUCUCUAGUCUGUGUUGUUGGCUGUUCAGGUUCUCUUCGUGUCCCCACACUUUAACCAGACGUGUGAGCUGUUCGGCGUUAAAUAGUCCCCCACCAUGCUUUAAAUAACUGUUUUUCAUUGUAUACACUGUGCAAGAUGUGUGCCUUUAUACUCCGAAAUUAUUUAAUUUUCUAUUUUGUAAUCUUUUUUUAAAACAAAGGUAAAAGGUUAUUUUAAUAAUAGGGUGUUUGCGUUGACAUGCAUUGUUUUCCAAGUUUAUUUUCGACCCUUCUCUCACUCCGACACCUCUGUGUUUAGGUUCGUUCGUGUUAUCAAGUCAGUUAAACGAAAGCAUUCUGAUGAUUGUGUUUUUAACCGACAUAAAACGUGAAUAUCUGUCUUAAAAUUUCGCGGUGGAUCGGUUUGGAUUCUGUAAAUGCAGAUCUAUCGUUGUGAUUAGUCAGUGUGUACAGGCGUCCCCUCUCCUCCUCCUCCUCCUCCUCCUCCUCAGAGCGAGGCGGUGUCUGCUGAUAUUAAUCCCUUGUUCGUCCACGCUGGUCCUGCCUUUAUAAAGAACGUGCGUGCGUGUGUGGAAGUGCAUUGUGGAAUGUGAUUGUGUUUUGUCGUGCUCGUCCUCGCUAAACGGCGGCUGCCCCCCCGAAACCACCACCACCACCACCACCACCACCUCAGGAGUCUGUCAGCAUUUUUUUUUAUUAUUAUUAUUCACCAUCUCACCACAGAUGCGGUCACAUUUCAGGAAUGUGAUGUUUUCUUUUUUUUUUUUUUUUUUUUUAAAGUUGUCCAUAAUUUCACUCACCAUCGAUGUACAGCUCCUCGUUUCUCAGAGAGGUUUAUGUUCUCUUGCUUUUCGUGGAUCACCCGCUUGUUAUCAGGGAGGUCAUCAGCUGAUAGUUCAUCCCGAGUCAGUGGUUAAUCGAUAUCUCCGUGUUCGUUCACUAUUAAUGGGCUGUUUUGUUUCUAUUGUCACGUAGCUCAUACUGUACAUAGGUCGUGUCAUAAAGAAAUGAGGGAACACAAUCAUCUUCUAGUCUGCUUUGCUCCGUUUGGCCCUGGAGGCUUCCCUGUAGUCACAUCCAGCAAGUAGAAAACAGAGCAGUGCAUGCUGGGAGAGUGAGAUUUUUUUCUGUUUUUAUUUUGGGAAUAUAAACUCUGGAUCUCAUGUGAGGAAGAGCGAUGCCAGACUUUACCAGAUGCAAAAUAAAGAGGAUAAUAACACGCGUCCCUGCUGCUGUAACCCUCGCUUUUGUGACUUCUCUCAUGAAUGAGCUCCUCCACCCGACAGUCAACCUGCUGCCACUGUUAACUUGCCAAAAGCAUCUUUCAGCAGUCAGAACUACCCCCCACAUGAGCUUGAAGAACAUUGUGUAUAGUAUAACGUGUCUGUUUGAACUGAAUUUAUGUUUUUUAACAUGCACUGGGAGAUGGAGCGACGUGUGUGCAUCGCUCAUAUGUGAACAUGUCCAAAGUUAGGAUACAACAACCCUGUGUUCAUGUGGUUGAUCAAGUGUUAAGGGAAAAAUUGGUUACAAAUGAUCAGAGGCCGAGUGAGAUCUGCAGAGAGGGGAACAUUUCCUUUGGCCUCACAUUCUUGGAAAAGAACAAAUAAAAGUCCCAUCAGGCCUGGAAACACCCCCUCCUGCAGUCGAGCUCUGGUCUCAGGACAGUCCCGAGUACUUUUAGACUACAUCUAAAAGACUUACCAUUACUGAGCGUGUGUGUGAGAGAGUGUGUGUGUGUGUGUGUGUGUGUGUGUGUGUGUUUUAAUUGCUGUCUGACAAUGGUUGGUGAGAGUUCCCUUUCAGUGGCAGAGAGGCCAAAAUGAUGAUGUAUGUUUAUUGUUCUUCACAUUUAAUGAUGAUGAUGAUGAUAAUAAUACACUCCAUUCCAUAAGCGUUCACUCAAACCAAUUAAAGCACUUGUUCUGCUUAACUCAAA